UUCUCUUAUGUGUUCCCUUUCUAUUCUCUGAUCAGAUGCAAGAGGCUGAGGUUCAGUUCUUGAGGGAACAGAAUGAACUGCAAAUAAAGAGAGCUAAAGACCUCAGCAACAUUGAAGUGUCUAAGUUCAGUACAUUGGUUAGUUCUAUGGGUAAACAGACUAUAUCCCGUAUUGCUAAAGCUGGACCAGAAUCAAAGGCUCGUUUAUUACAGAGUUUAGGUAUACAGUCUGUUCUCAUUACUGAUGGUAAAACUCCAAUUAAUAUGAUUGGGAACCAGACAGGUGGCUAUGCUACUACUUAUGCUCCUUAGAAAACUCUUUGGGAGGACUUUAUUAUUAUUAUUAUUAUUAUUUGUGUUAGUCAUUACUAGUUUUUAGCUGGAUUUAUAUAGUUUUCAGAGAUAUUAUUAUUUUCUAUUGAA